GGCGAAGCGGGGAGGGGGCUGCUGCGGAUCUUUAUACCUGCCACAAACGAAGCCCCCAAAAAGGGGAGCCUCUGCGUUCGCCUGUGCUAAUUUAUCUUUUUUUUUUUUUUUGUUCUCUGCCUCCCCCGCUGAUGGUAUUAUAUAUUUAUAUUUUUUUCCACGCUGAAAAGAGUCUGGUUUCGUAACGUAUCAGUGCAGCGAGGGGAAAGACAGGGAGAAAAAAAAAUUAUCAUUUUUUUCCUCCAAGGAUGCGGAUUUAAAGGAGAGACGUUAUCAGCGUCACCUGGGAGAUUUUUAAGAUUUGAAAUUAGCUUAUAUAGCCUCGCGUGCGAUAGAAGAAGACGAAUUUAUUUUUUUUCCUUUUUUUAUAUUGUUUUCUUUCAUUCCCAGUGAAAUUUCCAAUUUAUCGACGUUACAGAAAAAUAGCCGACUGUCUGUUUUAUAAGAAGAAAAAUAAGCGAUUGAAUGUGUUUGCGCCAAGCCUCGACACCAUGAGCACAAUCUCCCCAACAGAUUUUGACAGCUUGGAGAUCCAGCAGCAGUACAAUGACAUCAACAAUCGCUGGGACCUGGCGGCAGAGACCGACUGGGACAAUGAGAACAGCUCGGCACGUCUCUUCGAACGCUCUCGCAUUAAAGCCCUCGCAGAUGAGCGAGAAGCCGUGCAGAAGAAGACUUUUACCAAAUGGGUAAACUCUCACUUAGGUCGAGUGACUUGUCGCAUUGGUGACUUGUACACAGACCUGCGGGAUGGCCGCAUGUUAAUCCGCCUUCUGGAAGUCCUCUCAGGAGAACAGCUGCCAAAACCCACUAAGGGCCGCAUGCGUAUCCACUGCCUUGAGAAUGUUGAUAAAGCUUUGCAGUUUCUCAAGGAGCAAAAGGUCCAUCUAGAAAACAUGGGUUCACAUGACAUAGUGGAUGGAAAUCACCGUCUUACCUUGGGUCUCAUAUGGACCAUAAUCCUCCGUUUCCAGAUCCAGGACAUCAGUGUGGAAACAGAAGACAAUAAGGAGAAAAAGUCUGCCAAAGAUGCCCUUCUGCUCUGGUGCCAAAUGAAAACUGCCGGAUAUCCUAAUGUCAACAUACACAACUUCACUACCAGCUGGAGGGACGGCCUGGCGUUCAAUGCCAUUGUGCACAAACACAGGCCUGACCUGAUCGAGUUUGACAACCUGAAAAGGUCCAAUGCUCACUACAAUCUUCAGAACGCUUUCAACGUGGCUGAGAAGGAGAUGGGGCUCACCAAGCUGUUGGACCCAGAGGAUGUCAAUGUUGAUCAGCCAGAUGAGAAGUCAAUUAUCACUUAUGUGGCGACCUACUAUCAUUACUUUUCGAAGAUGAAAGCCUUGGCAGUGGAAGGCAAACGUAUCGGCAAGGUCCUCGACUAUGCGAUUGAGGCUGACCAACUGAUAGAGAAGUACGAGACCCUGGCGUCUGAGCUGUUGCAAUGGAUUGAGCAGACCAUAGUGACGCUCAACGAUCGGCAGCUGGCUAACUCUCUCAGUGCUGUGCAGAACCAGCUUCAGGCCUUCAAUUCUUACAGGACUGUGGAGAAACCCCCUAAAUUUACAGAAAAGGGCAACUUGGAGGUUCUUCUCUUUACUAUCCAAAGCAAAAUGAGAGCAAACAAUCAAAAGGUUUACAUGCCAAAAGAAGGCAAACUCAUCUCUGAUAUAAAUAAGGCCUGGGAACGACUGGAAAAGGCUGAACACGAGCGUGAGCUCGCACUAAGAACUGAACUGAUUCGUCAAGAGAAGCUAGAGAUGCUUGCGGCCCGUUUUGAUCGCAAAGCAGCUAUGAGGGAGACAUGGCUGAGUGAAAACCAGAGAUUAGUGUCUCAGGACAAUUUUGGAACCGACUUGGGAGCAGUAGAAGCUGCCACACGGAAACAUGAAGCAAUUGAGACGGAUAUCGGUGCAUACUUGGAGCGGGUGGCUGCUGUGGAAGCUGUUGCCAAAGAGCUGGAAGCGGAGAGAUAUCAUGAUGUUCGCCGCAUACUUGCACGGAGGGACAACGUCCUUCGACUGUGGGAGUACCUAAAAGAACUUCUGGCUGCUCGCAGGGAGCGUCUGAACUCCCACCGGGAUCUGCAGAGAUUAUUCCAGGAGAUGCGUUACAUUAUGGACUGGAUGGCCGAAGAAAAGGGUCGCCUGCAGUCCCAGGACAGUGGAAAACAUUUGCAUGACGUUUUGGAUCUGCUGCAAAAGCACAAUCUGGUAGAAGCUGACAUUUCAGCUCAGGCAGAAAGGAUCAAAGCGGUGCAAGGAGCUGCACAGCGCUUUACCUCCUACGACCAGGCUUACAAGCCAUGUGAACCCGGGCUUGUUAGUGAGAAGGUGGAUCUGCUGGGUCAAGCCUAUGAGGAGCUUGGUCAGCUUGCAGCGAAGCGGCGAGAACGUCUGGAGGAUUCACGCCGGCUGUGGCAGUUCAUGUGGGAUAUUGGUGAGGAAGCAGCCUGGAUCAGGGAGCAGGAGCAGAUCCUCUCCAGCGGAGACUGCGGCCGGGACCUCUCCUCUGCUCUUCACCUUUUGAGCAAACACGAGGCCUUCAGGGACGAGAUGGCGGCUCGCUACGGCCCCCUUAGUAACAGCAUCGCUGCUGGGGAGGCUUUAGUUGAUGAGGGACACUUUGGGGCCCAAGAAGUCACUGAAAGGAUCCAAGACAUCCGUGAACAGUGGAGUCAUCUGGAAGAGACCACAAAGCUCAGAGAGCAGAGCCUGAAGGAAUCCGUGGCUCUGCACCAGUUUCAAACGGAUGCCAACGACAUGGAGGCCUGGAUUAUGGAGACUCUCAGACAGGUGUCCAGUCAGGAGGUUGGCCAUGACGAGUUCUCCACCCAAACUUUGGCUCGCAAGCAGAGAGAGAUUGAAGAGGAGAUCCAAAGCCACCGUCCUGUUAUUGACUCACUCCAUGAGCAGGUCCAAGCACUGCCAGAGGCCUACGUUAAUUUCCCUGAAGUGGAUGGACGUCUUCCUGCUAUCGAGCAGCGCUAUGAAGAGCUGGAGUCUCUGUCAGCAGCUCGGCGGCAGGCUCUGGAAGGUGCUUUGGCUUUGUACCGCAUGUUCAGCGAAGCUGAUGCCUGCCAGCUCUGGGUAGAGGAGAAGGAGCAGUGGUUAGAUAGCAUGGAGAUCCCCACCAAACUGGAGGACCUGGAGGUGGUACAACAGAGGUUUGACACGCUGGAACCGGAGAUGAACAACCUGGGAUCUCGGGUCACUGAUGUGAAUCAGGUGGCAGAGCAGCUGCUGAGCUCAGACAGCUGUAACAAAGACCAAAUCCACCAGACAAGAGACCAGCUAAACGACAGAUGGAAAGAGUUUGAGCAACUGGCUGGCCAAAAGAAACAGGCCCUGGAAUCUGCUCUUAACAUCCAGAACUACCACCUGGAGUGUAACGAGAUCCAGACGUGGAUGAAAGAAAAGACCAAAGUGAUUGAAUCCACACAGGGCUUGGGCAACGACCUGGCUGGAGUGAUGGCACUUCAGCGCAAGCUGACUGGCAUGGAGAGGGACCUGGAGGCCAUUCAAGGUAAAUUGGAUGAUUUGACAAAGGAGGCUGAAAAGCUAGCCAGUGAGCAUCCAGAUCAAGCAGGAGAAAUCCAAGGACGCUUAGCUGAGAUUCAGGAGGUGUGGGACGAAUUGAAUGACACAAUGAAGCGACGAGAGGAGUCACUGGGAGAAGCCAGCAAACUUCAGGGUUUCCUCAGGGAUUUGGAUGACUUCCAGUCAUGGCUGUCGCGCACGCAGACCGCAGUGGCCUCCGAAGACAUCCCGACCUCCCUGCCAGAGGCAGAGAGUCUGCUCGCCCAACACGAGAGCAUCAAGAAUGAAGUUGACAACUACAAGGAGGAUUACGAAAAGAUGCGGGCAGUUGGUGAGGAAGUGACACAGGGUCAGACGGAUGCCCAGCACAUGUUCUUGGCCCAGAGGCUCCAGGCGUUGGACACUGGCUGGCAUGAGCUGCGAUGCAUGUGGGAGAACCGCCACAGUCUUUUGGCUCAGGCCUUCGAUUUCCAGACUUUUCUCAGAGAUGCCAAACAAGCGGAAGCUUUCCUUAACAGCCAGGAGUACGUGCUUUCCCACACAGAGAUGCCCACCAACUUCCAGGCUGCAGAAGAGGCCAUUAAGAAGCACGAGGAUUUCCUUACCACCACAGAGGCCAGUGAGGAGAAGAUAACCGGUGUGGUGGAGGCUGGUCAGCGCCUCAUUAAUGACUCCAAUGCAAAUGCAGAUAAGAUUCAAGAAAAAGUGGAUUCAAUCCAGGAAAGGCAUCUUAAAAACAAACAGGCUGCAAAUGAGCUUCUCUCAAAGCUUAAGGACAACUGUGAGCUUCAGCGCUUCCUUCAGGAUGGACAAGAGCUGACACUGUGGAUCAAUGAGAAGAUGCUAACAGCACAGGACAUGUCAUACGAUGAAGCUAGAAACCUCCACAGCAAAUGGCAGAAACACCAGGCCUUCAUGGCUGAGCUGGCCUCCAACAAAGACUGGCUGGAUAAGAUUGAUAAGGAGGGUCAAGCGCUGGUGGCAGAGAAGCCGGAGCUGAAACCUGUUGUCCAGCAGACUUUAGAGGACCUGCAGCGUCAGUGGGAGGAGCUGGAGAGCACCACCCGCACCAAGGACCAGUGCUUGUUUGAAGCUCACAGAGCAGAGAUAUUUACACAGAGUUGCUCCGCUCUGGAUGAUUGGCUGAAAAACAUCGAGAGUCAGCUGCAUAGCGAUGACUACGGAAAAGAUUUGACCAGUGUCAAUAUCCUCCUCAAAAAGCAUCAGAUGCUGGAGCACCAGAUGGAGGUCAGAGAGAAGGAGGUUCAGUCUCUACAGACUCAGGCUGUUGCUCUGUCUCAGGAGGACGCUGGGAUGGCUGAGGUAGAUGGGCAGCAGAAGCGCGUCAUCGACACCUUUUCAAGCCUGCAUGACCCCCUUAACCUGAGGAGACAGCAACUUCUGGCCUCCAAAGAAGCACAUCAGUUCAACAGAGACCUGGAAGAUGAGAUUCUUUGGAUCAAAGAGAGGAUGCCUCUGGCGACUUCUACAGACCACGGGAAAGACCUGCCCACCGUACAGCUGCUCAUCAAAAAGAACCAGACCUUGCAGAAGGAGAUCCAGGGUCACCAGCCUCGCAUUGAUGACAUCCACCGACGAGGCGAGGCUCAGAGUCAGGUAGACGGCGAAAGGCAGUCUGUGUUAAAGGACCGCCUGGUUGAGCUGAAGGAUCUCUGGGACCAGCUGAUCGGAGAGACGGACAAGCGCCACGAUCGCCUGAUGGAGGCCAACCGCGCCCAGCAGUUCUACGCCGACGCAGCCGAAGCAGAAGCCUGGAUGGGUGAGCAGGAACUGCACAUGAUGUCAGAAGAAAAGGCAAAGGAUGAACAAAGCGCCCUAGCAAUGGUAAAGAAACACCAGAUCCUAGAACAGGCCCUGGAGGACUACGCCCAGACCAUUCACCAGCUGGCCAACAGCAGCCGUCUCAUGGUCACCAGCGAGCACCCAGAAAGCGAACGAAUCAACUUGAGACAAGCACAAGUAGACAAGCUGUAUGCAGGACUAAAAGACCUCGCAGAGGAGCGGCGUGGGCGUCUUCAGGAAAGGUUGAGGCUGACCCAGCUGAAGCGGGAGGUUGAUGACAUAGAGCAAUGGAUUGCUGAGAGGGAGGUGGUUGCUGGCUCCCAUGAACUGGGACAGGACUAUGAACACGUCACAAUGCUGAGGGACAAGUUUCGGGAGUUUGCUCGUGACACCAGUACCAUUGGCCAGGAGCGCGUAGAUGGCGUCAAUGCGUUAGCAGAUGACCUCAUCGAGUCCGGCCACCCCGAGAAUGCCACUGUGGCAGAAUGGAAGGACGGUUUAAAUGAGGCCUGGGCGGACCUGCUGGAACUUAUUGAUACGCGUACACAAAUGUUAGCAGCCUCCUAUGAGCUGCACAGAUUUCACCAAGAUGCUAUGGAGGUUCUCGGACGGAUUAAAGAGAAGAAGGAAGCUGUGCCUUCAGACCUUGGUCGUGAUCUGAACACGGUCCAGCAUCUACAUAGACAGCACAACAACUUUGAAAAUGAUGUCCAAGCCCUCAGCGGACUAGUGAACCAGGUGCAGGACGAUGCAGCACGUCUGCAGAAGGCCUACGCGGGUGAAAAGGCAGAUGACAUUCACAGGAGUGAAACGGCAGUGACGUCAGCCUGGCAGGGGCUGCUGGAGGCAUGUAAGGCCCGCAAGCUCCUCCUGCUGGACACUGUGGAGAAGUUCCGCUUCUUCAACAUAGUGAGGGACCUGAUGCUUUGGAUGGACGGGAUCCACGUGCAGAUCGAUGCACACGAAAGCCCCAGGGAUGUAUCAUCUGCUGAAUUGGUCAUAGCCAAUCAUCAGGACAUCAAAUCAGAGAUUGAGACCAGAGCAGACAGCUUUACUGCCUGCACUGACAUGGGAAAUGCUCUCAUCAACAAUAACCACUAUGCAUCUGAUGAGAUACGAGAAAAAAUGACUCAGCUCCAGGAAAAGAGAGACAAGAUCAACAAAGAAUGGGAGGACAAGAUGGAUCAUUUACAAAUUGUGUUGGAGGUGCUGCAGUUUGGACGAGAUGCCAACGUGGCAGAGUCGUGGCUGGCGGGGCAGGAGCCUCUUGUCCGAGCAGCAGAGCUGGGGGCUAAUGUCGACGAGGUUGAGAGCUUGAUUAAGCGCCAUGAAGCCUUCGAGAAACUUGCUGCAGCUUGGGAGGAACGCUUCGUGCAGCUCGAGAAGCUCACUACCCUUGAAAAGGAGGAGAUGCAGAGGAGGCGAGAGGAAGAGGAGCGAGCCCGGCAACCCCCACCCGCUCCACCUGUAGAAGAGGUGGCGCCGUCUGAAGCGGAGACUCAACCGCACGAUUCUGCUGCCAGAACAAGUCUGGACCAGACGACGCUCAAUCAGUCGGUGUCAGUAAAUGGAGUUCACAGCGAUAAUGACACAUCCCAGUCGUUAUCGCUGCCGUUGUCAGUGGGAAAGAAAUCAGAGCCUAAACGUGUGUGUAAGCCCAAACAGCAGGAGCGUGGCUCAGAGUCUGACUCGGUUAAUGGACCAGGCAGAGACAGCGGCCUGGCGUCCUCUCGUCUUGAGCCGUCUGCCACGUUACCGAGCAGAGGGGGCGCCGACUCGGAGCCGGAAAACAUGGAGGGCAUCCUCUGCCGCAAACAGGAGAUGGAGUCUCACAACAAAAAGGCAGCUACUAGGUCGUGGCAGAACGUAUACUGUGUUCUUAGGAAGGGAAAUCUUGGUUUCUAUAAAGACAACAAGAGUGCAGCCAAUGGUAUCCCGUAUCACGGAGAGGUUCCAAUUCGGCUGGACGGGUCUGUGUGUGAAAUAGCCCACGAUUAUAAAAAGAGGAAACAUGUAUUCAAGCUCAGGCUAGCAGAUGGGAAGGAGUAUCUAUUCCAAGCCAAGGAUGAGGCGGAAAUGAGUUCCUGGAUUCAGUCCAUCGUCAGCUCCAUCCCUACCGGAUCCAGUGACUCGCCGGGAGCUCCGCGACUCAGCCGUGCCAUGACCAUGCCCCCCAUCUCCCCGAGCUCAGGAGAGGGCGUCACAAUGCGCAACAAAGAGGGCAAAGAGAAGGAUCGCGAGAAGAGAUUCAGCUUCUUUGGCAAGAAGAAAUAGAACAUUUGUAAAUGGAAGCGUCGUAAAGCUGAGAAUCCAACAGACUGAGGCAGGUAGACGGAGAGGCACACACAGGUCAUACAGACACACCGCUCCCAAUGCAGGCCCCCAGGAAUCACUGAUGGAUCUGUCACUUGGGACUUCAACAACUUAAAUCCUUUCGAUUUUCUUCUUCCGUUUUUCUCCCUAGCUGUUUUUAAUCCGUUUACUUUCAGUUCUUUUGAUUCAUACCUACCAUCCGAAUCUAGCGCUCCAACUAGCGUCAGACGAGCUCAUUAGCCAGAGUCGGUAACGACUGCUGGAGGGAACCAGUCGGACCCUGAAACGGCUCGUCCUCAGCAAGGAGGAUAACUGUGAUGGAGGUGUUCCCACUCCUGUCAAAUAUUCUCUAUUGCGAGAGAUAUGAUUGUUUAUGUUUCUGGUAUUGAUGUUAUUAACUUGAUCAAUAUUAUUAAUAUUAUUAAUAUUUAUCUUUUUGCAAUUUAUGGUUUGAGAAUAAAAUUAAUUAGCUAAUUAUCUUGAUUUAUGUUGUGGAGAGAAACGAAUUUGGUUCAACUAGUGGAGAAUGUUGGUCUUGCCCUUGUAUUUUUAUUUUUUUCUCUUUAGAAAGGAACCUUUAUGAGAUGUUUUGCAACAAGAAUAAAGCUCAAGUUUUAGUCAUGUGCAGUAAAUGAUCACAGGUACCUUUCGGGGGGAAAUUGUAUCUAUUUGGUUCAUCUCCAGUUAUGCCCGUAUUUUUUGUUUGGAGUGAUCUUUUCUGCUUGAUUUUUAACUUUAUCUUUUCUUUUCCUUCACAAAGCAGAGAGAAUUGGUUUUCUAGUGUGAGCGUGUGUGUGAGUUGUGGUGCUGUGGAUUUUGCAUGUUUAUUUGUUCCUGGUAAAACACGGUCAGAUGGAUGUUGCUUUUCAGAAACAAGACAGGCGUUUUUUAUUUUUAUUUUUCAAGUAUUCAUAAGAAGACGGAACCAACGGCAUUCCUCAAAGACAUUUUUUCCCCUGUGUUUUCCGCCCCCUUACGUAUUUCCGUUGAAUCGACCAGCAUCGGGGGCAGUUUGUAGAUAAGAAGCUGAAGCACAUUUUUUUGUAUUGCAGAGGAGGAGUGAAGGACAGCUUCCGUCUUUCACUCCACGUGAGAGGAGUGGAGGGUGAGACAAGGGCGCUUCAGGUGCUCUCCUAUAAUUCAACAUCAACCCAACCUUUACUCGAACACUACAUUUACGCUUCAAUUAAAAAGGUUUUCUUAGUACAAAGAUUUGAAUGUUAAACAUGUGCCCUGUGGCAAUGACCUAAUGUAUGUCUGAAUUAUUACUAGAUAGAAAAACCAGCAGCCAGUUACGACAGCUUCUUUUUCCUGCAUAUGUGGCAUGACAAUGUUACGUGUCCAAUAGUUUUCAUUUGCUUUACAUGUUAGUUAAUCUUUGGAAAUAUCAGAUCACAGUUUAAUCAGGAUCGGACAUAAUCUAUAAGUUAUUGGUUAACUUAUUGGCAGUUAGAAUCAAAGGAAGCAUCUCGAGUUUCCUCAGAUUGUGUUCAUGUUUAAAAUGAAAAGGGCCUUUAACAGGGUGCUGUGAAUGUAAACAGUUCAUACCUGCACCUAAUUCUACCCGAAAACAAGUGGAAAAACUGUAGAAGCAGUUUGUGCUUUUUCACACCUUUCCAAGCUGGUAUUAGGUGGCUUGAAUUGUCGAAGUACCCAUGUAGAUCUCAUAACUAUGCAUGGGUUGGUAGUUACGGUUUCUCUCUCCAUUCCUUACUUUGACUUUUCAUUUGGAAAUAAUUAAACAUUAUGACGGGAUGUUUUUAGCAGUUUUGGAGCUUUUAAACACUUUGAUAAUUGUUAGGAUUGCUAAUCGCCCUCAUGCCUGAUCACACAAAUCAGCCUUACAUCAGCGUUGGUCUUUUGUUUUCCUUCUAGUAUUAGAUAUUUCGUACUAUUUAAGGUAGGAAAGGAGAGCGCUUUUCAGUGGGAAGUUUCAAAACGACCACAUGUCAUUCUGUACUUGAUUUGACCACUAAUGAUUUGAAGUGAUUUCUUAAACUUUAUACAUCACAUGACUCUCUUGUGUUUUUAGUGUGAACAUAGAUAAUCCAACAAGUUUCACAAGAGCUGACGGCAAAUAGGUUAAAUUAAAUUUUCUAAAAUAUACAACUAAUUUAAAGCUUUAUGCAUUUUUUGUGUUGAUUUAUCUCAGUCGUUAUUAAAAUAAUGGAUGUGAAAUGGUUUUAUGAGCAUUGAAUGGAAGUAAGGAGAGGAAUAGAAACAUGAAGGCAGAUUAUCUCCUUUAAAUUAAAUGGCCUUAUUUUCUGUACCCAAACAGGAUUAAUUAUCCUCUUUAGGAGAAUUUAGUUAAAAGCUCACAGUUUUUUUGUUUUGUUUUUAUGCACCAGUUUCUACAGUAGGACCUGGUAUUCUAGUUUCAGUUCAAAUUAAACUACAAUCAGAACCACAUAAACAUGCAUUACGUGAGCCAACAGAUUCGGCACAGAUUCAAACAAAGUUAUUGUUCUCUUUCAUUGGAGUUUAGCUCCUUUCGCUACCGUUUCUCUGAACAUCUACACUGCAUCCUACUGCUGCUGCUACAUCCCAGCUAUAAGGUUGCAGUGUUUUUCUGUUUAUUUUUUAUGCAGCUCAUUGGAAUGUGAAUGAAAUUGGCCAAAUUGGUCACGUGAAGCAUAACUCACUCUUGGCAUAUUGUAGACAUGCUCUUAAUCUCACAUUCAUACGACCUUCUUCCUCCAGUUUUGUGGGAAUGUCCUCCACUGGCUAUGAUUAUGUUCAUAGGGCAUCUUUUCUAAAAAAAAAAAAAACAAUCUUUCGCUUCUGUUGAGGUUUGACCAGAACAUGAAAAGCUUGCAUCAUUGAUGUCAUGCAGGUUUUUCCAUCUAAGAGUACUGGUGCCGAUGAAGAAGAAAAACCUCUUAAGUGUUAGGUAUUAGAUGUGGUUGAAUAUAGACUGCUGACAGUUAGAGCUUCCUCUUGUAGAAGAAUGCUGAAUAUUUGCUGUCUAAUGGGAGCUUGUAUUUUUUCAUCCAGUGGUCUGUCUUGCAGCGUUUGAUAAACUUUUCUUCCCACCAACGUCUGUUCCUUCCUCUGUAAUUCAGAGUUGUUAAUACCACUACUUAUAUUAAAUGCUCUUAUGAUCAUUAUUGCUACUGUUGUUACUAUUACUACUACUGUUACUAAAGCAACUUAUUGCAAAAAUUACGACUGCUGUCCAAUAUUUUUCUCCCCUCCUCCCAGGUAUGUGUCUGUAAUACCAGAGCCUUCCACACGAUGUCAGUGUGCUGUGGAGCAUUUUCAUUACAAAUCAGAAAUACUGUUUGUUGAAUUGUGUAUCUACAUCUACUAUUAGGAAUAAUAAAACGGUUUAA